AUGACUUCGGACUCGUGUUCAGUGGAUGGGAAUCCCAUUUAUCAAUCAUGUGAUUGCGACAUUCCACGAUUCUUCUGUGCUCUAGCGAAUAUCAGCGGCUACUGUAGCACGGUUGCUUGGUUUCUAGUUCUUCUGCCCCAAGUAAUACGUAAUUUUCGACAUCGAACAGUCCAAGGAAUCUCACUCGGAUGGGCAAUCCUCAAUUUCACGGCCGCUUUCAACAACGCGUUUUUUGUUUUCAAAUUUGGUGGAAUGCCGUGGUACGUCUAUGGUUCAGCUGUCUACAUGCCGAUUUUGGAAAUCCUCUUGCUAAUUCAAUUCUACAUUUUCACGCCUGCUUCAAGGGCUAAAAAUAUUGCGGCUAUUUUGUUGGUGCCAGCAUGGAUUGGUUUAGCGAUCAUUCAAUCGGUUUUUGACGUCUACAAACAAUUGGAAUGGCUGUCAAUUGUUUUAUGGUCGGCUGAGACGUUUCCCCAGAUCUUCCUGAACAUCAAACGUCGAUCCACCUAUGGUUUGGCAAAUAUGUCGGUGACGAUUACGGCUGUCGGGAAAACGACUGAUUUUAUGCAAAAUUAUCUACUCAUCAUGCCCAUUCAAUAUGUAAUUAUGGCUUUCUUCUCAAGCACUGUGGCUCAGGUUCAAACACUCCAAGUUUUAUGGUAUUGGAAGAAGCGCCCAAUCAACGAAGCCUGUGAUGGUCCGGUUGAUGCUGAAUCUCGAAUCACAACUCAGUGCAAUGUUUUACGAGUUUUGGGAUACAUACUUUUUGGCUCCGAACUCGUCAUUUUUAUUGUGGCUUUGAUCCUUCGAACUUCACGAUGGUGGCUGAUUGCUGCACCCAUUGUCACCUAUACAAUUAUUGUGGCAUUCUAUCUCUACGAUCGACAAUUGUCUCCAACGCCAGUUCGAAUUGCAGCUGAAAAAGACGAAAAUCAAGAAAGAAUUGCUGAUUUU